AUAGUGUACAGUUUGUUAAUUUUUUAGUUAAAGGUCCCUUAUUUAAUUUUUGAUUGUGUUAAGGCAAUUUAUAAUUCUUUUGAUCGAUUGAUUGCUUACACAAAGCUCCGUCGGUAACUCACUCAUCUGUAGCCAGGGUUACUAUGUUUAGGUCUCUGAUUCGGGCACGAUCACAGUCAUCCUCUUCUCUGGUCACCAUGUCUUCAAUCACUCAGAGAGGAAAUUCAAGGCCUUUGUCUGAAGCUGCUGGUUCACAUUCUAGAGAUAAGAUAUUGGUUUUGGGAGGAAACGGUUAUGUAGGUUCACAUAUAUGCAAGGAGGCACUCAGACAAGGUUUCUCUGUAUCCAGUCUUAGCAGGUCAGGAAGAUCUUCCCUCCAUGAUUCAUGGGUUAAUGAUGUUACCUGGCAUCAAGGUAUUCUCUCUCAAAACACAUUUCACUUUGUUCAUCAUUUAAAAAGCAAAAAGAUUUCAAUGAAUGACCUGAUUUUUUUUUUUUUCCUACUGAAACAAAUAGGUGAUUUGCUUUCACCUGAUUCUCUGAAGCCUGCACUAGAAGGAAUAACAUCUGUGAUUUCAUGCGUUGGUGGUUUCGGUUCCAACUCACAAAUGGUCCGAAUCAACGGAACUGCAAACAUUAACGCUGUUAAAGCUGCUGCAGAAGGAGGUGUGAAGAGAUUUGUGUAUAUCUCAGCUGCGGAUUAUGGUGUCAUAAAUAACUUGAUUCGAGGCUAUUUCCAAGGAAAGAGAGCAACUGAAGCUGAGAUUUUGGAUAAAUUCGGAAACAGAGGAACGGUUCUGAGGCCAGGAUUCAUACACGGGACUCGUCAGGUUGGUAGCAUAAAGCUGCCACUUAGUCUCAUUGGAGCUCCUCUCGAAAUGGUUUUGAAGCUGUUCCCAAAAGAAGUGACGAAAAUUCCUCUGAUCGGACCGCUUUUAAUACCCCCGGUUAGUGUCAAGUCCGUGGCGGGAACUGCGGUGAAAGCUGCAGUUGAUCCAGAGUUUGCGUCUGGAGUCGUUGAUGUUUACCAGAUUCUUCAACACAAGACGACUCCAUCUUAACAAUGUUUUGUUCUAAGUUUAUGUUUGUUUCUACGGACUGGUUAACUUUGUUACGAGUGUAACCACGGUUCUCUGGUUCUACCACUAAUAAAUUAUUGACUUUUGGAUA